AUGAAAAGUACCUAAAUGACAAAAGAAUAAAUAUUAGAGGAGUAUACUCUCUAUAAAAGGUAUGUUCAACAUCUACAAUCGACAAUGCUAUAAAAUGAAGGUCAAAUCUAGAGAGAAAUCAAAGUAAAUGUGAUAAGGACUGAAGCUUAUGAAAUUGAUAUAAAGGUUAAGAGAAAUAGAGACAAUUUACCAAUCAGGACUAAUUACUAUAAAAGUAUGCCAGGUAAUAUUAGAUUACAACAUCCUACUCCAGUACUUUUGGAACGUUUAAGUAGAAUUUUAGUUAUAUUUUAAUAUAGCCCCUUUAUCUAUUCCAACAAAAUUAACAGAGGAAAUAGAAGAACAUGUAUAAAAUUUAGAAUAAGGAUUGGCUAAAAGUAUAGAUGAUAGUAAACAUUAUUUGAGAUUGGAACAUAAAUUAUUUAUAGAUUUUUUUUUUGAGAAAUUCAAAGACAGAUUUAAUUCAUUAUAAGUUGUUUUUUAAUUGCAACAAUUAGCUUAAGCAAUAGGUUGUUCAGCAGAUUAAAUUUAAUCAUAUUAUUUAGCUAAACAAGCAAAAAAGUAUGAUUAAUUUGUAAAUUUUAAUGUAAAAUAUCAAUUUGUAAGAUUCAAUCGAUAUUUUUGUCCAAUUUGUAAUUUAUAUCUAUGUAGUUUACAUUAUCAGUAUAUAUAAUGAUAUAUAUAUAUUUUAGUUCAAAAAAUCAAAGAUUAUAUAUAGAGAAAGAACCAGAAGAAGAACCUUAAGAUUAAUAGAAAGAUGAUCCUACUCAUCAUGAUAAUUUUUAUGAAACUGAAUUUAAACCAAAUUCUUUAUUAUUGAGAGAAAUAUUUGGUAGAUAUAAAUUAAAUAAUAAAAUGGAAAUGGAAUAAAGAUGUAGAGAUAUUACAUAAUGUGGAAAAUAUGGUAUUGAUUAAAUGAAAAUGAAAAAGUUUUAAUAAAAAUCAAUAGAAUAAAUGUUAGAAUUUGGAUUUAGUAAUUGUUGUUUUAUGGCAAAAGUAUUAACUCAUAGAAUUUAUCCUAUAUCUUGUUAAUAAAUUAAUUAUUUAAUAAAAACUUUAAAAAGUUAAAGUAAGAAACAUAUAACAAAUGGAAAACGUAAAUAAUAAUAAGCAUCAAAAAAAUAAAAUUUAAAUAAUUAUGCUUAAUAAUAUAUACCAUGUUUUCAUGAAGGAGAAUGUGGAUCUAAUUCUUGUACUUGUGUUACAUGUCAUAAAUAUUGUUGUUGUAAAGGUUAAUGUUAAUAGAAAGGUAAAUCAUGUGAUUGUAGAGUAUGUGGUUAUGAUGAAAAAAAAUAAAAACAUUCAUGUCCUUGUUAUAUUAGUGGAUAUGAAUGUGAUCCUUAAUUAUGUAAAUGUUAAUCAUGUUCAAAUAAGAAUCUAUUACUUUAAGCUAGAAAAUAACUUGUUUUAGGUAAAUCAUUAAUAUGUAAUGGACUUGGAUUAUUUGCAGCUUAAAAUUUUAAAGUAUGUGAUUUUGUAGGUGAAUAUACAGGAAAUUAUAUAUUAUUAGAUGAUGAAAGUAUGGCUAUUGAAUGUAAUUUUAAUAAUUAUAUUUUAGAAUGUGAUUGGAUUACUAAUAAUCAUUACUUAUUUGAAGUUGAUGAUAAAUGGUAAGUAGAUGGAACCUAUUAUAGUAAUUGUUUGAGAUAUAUUAAUCAUGCUACAAAGAAAUCAGAUUUAGCUAAUUGUUAAGCUUAAAUUCUAUUCUCUGAAGGUAGAUGGAGAAUUGCUAUGUAUAAAUUUACACAUAUUAUUACUAGGUUCACUACUAAGAAUAUAUCAAUUGGAGAAGAAUUAUUCUUUGAUUAUGGAGAUAAAUUUUUAACCAAAUGGUUAACUGACUUUAACAAAUUAUGUGACGAUUACUACAAAAAAUGA